CGUUUAUUUACUGUAAGUAUGUCUGACUUUUUGCACUCGUCUACGCUAUGGUUUUGUUUCCGGUAUACGUACAAGGCUAGCAGCCCGUAUCCAGUACAGAGUUUGAGAACAGAGCUCUCCGUACUUGUCUACCACCUCAGACUGGCUCUUGCCAUGGCUGUAGAAAUAACACGCUCAAGAAAGUUUCUAAAGUCUUUUCUAGUUUGGGCAGCUGACACUGAAAGGAAUCCCAAAAUGCAAGGGUAUAUUACUAGGCAGAGUUGCGUUUUGGUGGCUCAUGCAUCGGGUGAAGGACACCAAUUGCGAAUUAGUUUGUGUUGUCCAGAUCCAGGAGGUCAAGAAGCAAAGAUGACAGAUGCUGAAAUGCGGUGGGGUAAUCGGAUUAUGGCACUGGUAGUCACUCGACUUCAGUUGGAGACAGUGUUUGCGUGGCUUUCUACUUUGGGUGGAGCUCACUCAUCUCUUGGUGAAAAGUUUGUGGAGCAUGCACAUCAUGCUGGUGUCUUAUCAAAGAAGCAGUUGCUUUUAGCAUUACGACUUGGAGAUCCAAUUCUUUCAGCACAAUGCAAAUUGUAUUAUGCUUUCAGUCUUAUGCAGAAAGGUCAGCUGUCAGCAGCUUCUGUUAUAGUCAGGCAACAAACUAGAUUUUCCAAAACCGUAUCAACUCAAGACAAACGGCUUCAGACAAUGUGUAAAGCAUGCAAAGAACGACUUCAGUUUUAUUUAAUAACAAGACCGAAGGAUGUGUAAUCUUGUACUAGACAUGCGUUUCACAUUGAAAUACAACCAAAAUCUAGAACUAGUAUACAGACUACUGAAACUGCAUUAUCGAUGACAAUUAUGUGUAACUACACAAUUAGGCUAAUGGAGCGUCACUAGAGCACGCGGUUGCUUGCUUGUUUGUGUGUAGUUUCCCAUUGUUUGGCAUUUGUAUCUCAAUCUUCUACAUCUUGUGGUAAUUAUUAGGAAUAGAUAAAUUUAAACUGUU